CCUUCGGGUCGGGUUUCGGGCCAAUUUUAACGUCACAGCAGAUACGCGGGCCAGACCUCGGGCUUAUUUAGGCUUCUGCAUCUUUUUAUAUUUUUCAAUUUAAUUAAAAGAACCUUUUGACAGACAUUGAUGAUUGCAAAACAAACAUAGGAAGACGUUUAACCUAUUGCAUGAGUCAAUUUACAAUGCAGCUGUUGCGUAUUUAACAGCAGGACCUUCAGCGCACCAGGAAAAAUUAUAAAUGGAGUACUAGAUUAAAACCUUGGAUACUGUACAUAAUCUAUGCAGACAGCAUCCAAGACAUAAUCUAUUAAAGACUUCUCCCUGUAUUAAUUUCGUGUAAGAAGGCUGUGUCUUUAUUUCUUGUUUGUGUAUGGAUCGACUUGUUUCUUAGGCUUCGUUCAUACUGCAGGCUGAAACGACCCAAUUCCGAUUUUUUUGCCCCUAUGCGACCUGUAUCUGAUCUUUUCAUGACAGUCUGAACGACACAGAUCCGAUCUUUUCAAAUGUGACCCAGGCCACUUGGGUAUGUGGUCCUGAAUCCGAUACGUAUCCGAUCUUUUGAAAUGCGACCUCAGUCUGAACGGCCAGGCCACAUGUAUCCGACCCGUACGUCAUUGAUGCGCUACAAACGUCAUAAUUCUGCGUUGAAGUAGGCGGGAAGGAGAGGAAGAAACAACAACCAUGGCGGACGAUGCCGCUGAGUCCAGUCAAUGGAAGGGAAGCGAGGUCACAGAUUUGAUUAAUAUUUGGGGUGACAGCUCUAUUCAGGCCAAACUCGAGGGCUCUUAUCGGAACCGGGCGGUAUACGAAAAUAUUUCCCGCGAAAUGGCCGAGCGUGGUUACAGACGAUCCUGGCUUCAAUAUCAGCGAAAAAUUAAAAGCCUCCGAGCCAAAUACAAGGAGGUUAAAGACUGGAACAAACGAAGUGGCCGUCAACGUAUCACCUGUCCAUUUUACGAGGAGUUGGACCGCAUUUUGGGGGAUAAGCCCAGCGUUCAGCCACUAGAACUGUUGGACAGCUGCUUUGUCCAAGAAGAGCCCGAGGAGGAGAGCCCAGGUCCCGCAGCUGUCGCGGCCAGCGUAGCUAGUAGCUCUUUCGGUGAUACAGGUGGGUUAUUUGCACAUGGCUACUGUGACUUAACUUUAUAACAUUGAAAUACGAUGUGUGACAGUUUGUUAAAUGCAUACACAGGUGAUGGGACCCUUCUAGCUCU